CUUCCACCCCCUUCCCUCCCCUUCCCAGCCCUGUUCCCCUCCUCACCACGGACAAAAAAUUGCUCUUUGUUUACAGCAACGCAGCGGCGCGAGUUGCGUCUCCGCCCCGAAGCUUCCGCCGUACAGGGACUCGCCCCCAAAAUUUCCACCGGAGCCGAGGGAAUCGGCGCCGAUUUGGGGGCCGGAUCGGUCGACCCGCGAGGACAUGAAGCUACUCCAAUCGGAUAUGUGGAAGAGUUCUUCCAAUUUCUACUACUGUGCCUUUUGAAGACCUGUCUUAGGCAUACUUCAACAUCAUCGGAUUUGUCCUCACAGCAAGGGAAUGCAGUAGUUAUGAUACUUCUACACUAGACAUCUGAUGAAUAAUCGUUCCUUUAAUGCAAUUUUGGUUGGUCUAUGCUGUUUGGUGGAGUCAUGUUAUUUUAUGGAGACAUGUGUUAUUUGAUAGUCAUAUAUUCAGCUGGUUAUGUGAUGAGUUGAUUAACUUUGUCCUCUUCAGGACUUAGAUUUAUACUACAUUUGAUGCCUUAGCACCUUGAAUCUAACCUAUAUUGGUGCUUUAUUUAUAUUUUGAACCUUGAACCGGACAUUAUCAUUUGUAGCCUGUUUUUAGGUUGUAGUGAAUCUAGAUAAAUUAGAUUGAUUAAAAUGGUCAGGAGAAGGGGACAUGCUUAAAGGUUAGGCACUACCAUUUAUCUAACCACUCAGUUAUUUAGAACUGGAAAGGAUGAGGAUAACUAAUGUACACUAGAAAACUGCGUUUGUCUCCAGUUUUGCAUGCUGAGGAAGUUAGUUUCUGAUUAUUAUUUGCAAGAUGAAUCUUGUUUGAAAGAAAUCCAAGCUAGAUUGGCAUUGAUGUUGAAGUGAGGUGGAUUUACCAACGAACAGAGGAAGGACAGAAGCACUUCCACUGGAGGAUUAUAGAAAUGGCAGAGUUUGGGGCUUUGGGCUUAUAUUGCUUGGAUCAUAUCUUUUUUCCAGUUACAAUCCACUCAAUCUUUCUUUUUUCCUCUCUUUUCUCUUGUAUAUUGUGUUUCCUGCUAUGUAAAGUAUAAAUAACUUAGUUAGAUUUGUUUUGUAUAUUAAGAAUGUAUGAAAAAGAUUGGAAGGAAUGAUAUGAUAUACAAUGUGGUUGUAAUUUAUUUAACAUUUGACUUCCUAUUUUUCAGCAGUACAAAUAUUUAGUAUUUACCGUUGUUUUUAUUUUGGCUUUUUCCAAGGUAGAUUGGUUAUUUCACCUGUUAUUAUCCUGAGCUCCUUUUUUUUUAUCUUUCUGGCACUUAAAAUGUUUUUUAUAAAUUCAUGUAGAGCAAGUACUGCAAGCCUGCAAUAGGAGAAAAUGAGUACUGUAAACUCUAUUCGAUCUACAUGUUUUCCAGCAAAUGUUAAAAUUUUCAAAGUAGAUUUGUUGCUGGAAGGGCAAAAACAUCAACAUUGUUAUUAUUUUCUGAGUUUCUCGAACCACUAUGAUAUUUUGAAAUUCUAUUUGCCAUUAUCAUAGAGCAUUUUGUGUCUUUUAGGUGCCAUGUCCCUGAUUUUAAUAAGAUUUCUUCCUUUGUUAGUUUAUAUCUAUUAUUUUAUCAGUGUGAAUGAUAAGGACACUUCUCAAGUGUAAGAGUUGUAUUCCAUAGUCUACUUACCGGUGGUUUCAUUUAUCUGUCAAGUAAAUGAGUUAUCAUUUGGAUUGUGUACCAGUGGUUCCAUUAGGUUAAUAUCUUGUAAGUGUGGUUCUUCCAUAUUUUCAGGGUGACCUCUGCAGUUUUAUGAGUAGAUGGAUAUUCUGGAUUAUUGUACUUUUGUGCUGAUUUGUCUUGCUGUGCAUCGUAAUGCCCAUUUGGAAUUGUGUUUUGUUUCUUUGAUUCAUGAUUGUAUCAAACAAUGAAAUAUGGGAUGAACUUGAAUUAUUUCAGUACUUCUGUAGUUACUUCCAUGCUGUGAUAUUUGACACAACAUAUAUCAGUAACCUGGUAAUAUUUGUGAUGAAUUUCGUGUUAAUGUAUUGUUUCAUUGGGUCUUCAAUGUUAUGUGAUGCUGGUACUACUGAUAUUGAUUCUGUUUGUCAUUUCCAGGUCAAGGGCAUCCAGACCAGAUUGCUUGUUUUAUGGCUAGAAAUAAUCACAACCAUCUCCAGCUGCCCGAGAUGGAUCAUAUUCAACCCAAGAAUGGCCAUCGCAAUGAACCCCUGCCUUUAGAUCAGAAGCUUCUAGUGCAUCAUCAAAGUGAUGCACCGCUUAGAAUCGCUCCUUCAAGUCACGGUAGUAUGGCACUUAGAUCAAAUGACCUUCCAUCUUCAAGUCGUGCUGCGCAAUGCCCAGGUUAUAGAGUUGGGAACCCAGGGACCGCACAUGCUUCCUUUGUUCAAUGUCCUUCUGGAAGUUCCACAAGCCGUUUACCAGAAUCUGCUUUGAGUUAUCCAUCGGAGGAAGGCUUUGCUCCAGCGAGUUCCCAUCUGGACAACAGAAGGGCUUCAAUGAAACGAAAAACUCCCAUUAUUUAUCCUGCGGAUGGGACCAGUGCUGGUGCUUAUUAUGUUGGAAGCUCUUCCAAUACUGAGUUAUCUAACUGUGUGCAGGCAAAUCCUACCGCACUUACUGAGCCCUUACAUCCUCAAAUGCCUUUAAGAAUUGGCCAUAGCGGUUGGGAAGGCCAACAAUUAAUUCAGCAAGAAGAGUUUCAGAGGAAUGUGAGAGCACGCCACAAUUAUAGUAUUUCUUUGGAACCUAGACCAGCUUCAACUUACACAGCAAACAGCAUUUAUCCGCCGUCAUUCCGUUCAACUGGAAGUGCUUCCCUGAGUACAUCAGUGGAAAGGAACCAAGCACCUGUUUCUGUGCCAACAAGUACUGUACCUUCAGGUGCACCAGGAAUCACUAGGGCUUUGAUGGAGAGGCCUUACUAUCCUUCCAUGGGAAGUGCUCCUGUCCCAACUGUGCAUGGUUCAUCUGGCAGUGCAACAUUUGCUUAUGGUGGCUAUGCUCUUAGGGCUGUUCAUAGUGACACUGUUCCCAUAUUCUCUCAUCCGGCUUCUGCUGCUUCUUCUGGCUCUAGAGCAAUGCCCCAUGAGACGGUCAUUCGGGGCUAUCCACCUGCUACCUCUGCAGCUACCCCUAUGUCCGUGCCCAUCGGUCAGCCAUUUCCAACCCGAACUGCUGCAUCUUCUAGAUAUGCAAGGCAUGUAGCCGUAGGGCAUGCUAACAAUGGAAGGAACAGAAGGGUUAGGAGCUCUUACUAUGGUUUACAUCCUUCGAUGAUCGAGGCAGAGCGGUUUAUGAUGUUGGACCAGUUGGUCUUUUAUGAAUCAAGAGAAACAGCUGACCCCCACAGGGACAUGAGGCUGGACGUUGACAACAUGAGUUACGAGGACCUGUUGGCCUUGGGAGAAUUUAUCGGUAAUGUCAACACAGGCUUGGCUGACGAAAAAAUUUCAAAUUGUGUCAGAGAAGUAGUCUGUUGCAGUUCCGAUCCAACGCAAAACGAUCAAGAUGAUGGGAGCUGUGUCGUUUGUCUGGAGGAUUACAAUGACAAGGAUUUACUAGGAGUACUGAAAUGCAGUCAUGACUUCCAUGCUGACUGCAUCAAGAAGUGGUUGCAGGUGAAGAACUCAUGCCCAGUGUGCAAAGCAGCUGCGGUUUAGGACACCAGAGGGAGCGAUAAUUAUGUUCCUCUCCAUUCAUUUUAGGCUCGUCUCAAAUUAUGUCAAUUGUAUUCUUUUGCUCUUAGUCAUGUAAAUUAAUGGUUUAAGGUAAAUUAUUUUGUCGGUGGCAGUAACCGAAAUUCUUUUGUUGUACUGUAACAAGCCAGUUGUGAAAGCAAUUAACCAUUAAGUGGUUUACAUGUUCA